GCUGUGCUAAGUUGGAGCUUGAAGUUGGUGUGAGACGGCGUCGGAUGGACAUUUAGCAGGAGUAAAUUGCAGUAACUUGGUUGCUUGAUGGUAAAACGGGCUUGAUUUUGUAGCCAGCAUGAAGUACUUCUUGCUGUGUGUGUUAGGUGUUCUGAUAUUUUCAGGCACAUGUUACGCUGAAAGUGAAGAUAGUGAAGGGACGACAGUUGAGGCUGACCUAGGCUCCAGUAGAGAAGCUUCAAGAACAGAUGAUGAGGUUGUGCAGAGGGAAGAAGAAGCAAUAAAGCUUGAUGGGCUAAAUGUAGCUCAGUUGAAGGAACUAAGGGAAAAAGCAGAGAAAUUUACUUUCCAAGCUGAGGUCAAUCGAAUGAUGAAAUUGAUUAUAAACUCACUGUAUCGUAACAAAGAGAUUUUCCUGAGAGAACUGAUAUCCAAUGCUUCUGAUGCGCUGGAUAAAAUUAGGUUACUAUCACUGACUGAUCCUAAUGCACUGAGUGCAACGAGUGACCUAGACAUCAGAAUUAAGGCUGACAAGGAGAACCAUAUACUUCAUAUCACUGAUACAGGGAUUGGGAUGACAAAGAAUGACCUUGUCAAUAAUCUUGGAACAAUUGCAAAAUCUGGAACUGCAGAUUUCCUCAGCAAAAUGCAGGAUGCUACUACCAGUGUCCAGGAUCUUAAUGACAUGAUUGGCCAGUUUGGUGUUGGAUUCUACUCUUCAUUCUUGGUUGCUGAUAGAGUUGUUGUGACAACCAAGCACAAUGACGACAAGCAGUACAUUUGGGAGUCUGAUGCUGGGAGCUUCAGUAUAGUCGAAGAUCCCCGUGGAGACACACUAAAGAGAGGAACUCAAGUCAGCCUUCAUUUGAAAGAGGAAGCCUUCGAUUUCGUGGAACAGGAUACAAUUAAAAACCUUGUGAAGAAAUAUUCUCAGUUCAUUAACUUCCCCAUCUAUCUUUGGACAAGCAAAACAAUCAAAGUUGAAGAACCAGUUGAACCAGAUGAGGCAGAAAAAGAAGAAAAGAAGGAAAAUGAAGUGGAAGAAGACGAUGAUGAUACUGAAGUAGAAGAAGAAAAGUCUGAAGAAAAACCAAAGACAAAGAAAGUUGAUAAAACUGUUUGGGACUGGGAAAUUUUAAAUGAUAAUAAGCCUAUCUGGACUCGAAAGCCAGCUGAUGUACCGGAUGAUGAAUACAAUGAAUUUUACAAGUCCCUCACUAAGGAUACGAAGAAUCCAUUAACAAAAAUCCAUUUCAUUGCAGAAGGUGAAGUUACUUUCAAAUCGUUAUUGUUUGUACCCCAGACACAACCUGGAGAAAGUUUCAAUAGAUACGGCACAAAGACCGACAAUAUCAAGCUGUACGUGAGACGUGUUUUUAUCACCGAUGAGUUCAAUGAUAUGAUGCCAAAUUACUUGAACUUCGUUCAGGGUGUAGUAGACUCUGAUGAUUUGCCACUUAAUGUCUCUAGAGAAACACUUCAGCAACAUAAACUUAUCAAAGUAAUCAAGAAGAAACUGGUUCGCAAGGCUUUGGAUAUGUUUAAGAAAAUUGAAAAGAAAGAUUAUGAGAAAUUCUGGAAGGAGUACUCCACAAAUAUUAAACUGGGUGUCAUAGAAGAUCCUUCCAACCGUACAAGGCUGGCAAAGCUGCUUAUGUUCCAUUCAUCGCAUGGACCUGAAAUGACCUCUUUGUCUGACUAUGUGAGCCGAAUGAAGGAGAAGCAAGAACAGAUUUUCUACAUUGCUGGAGCCAAUCGUAAAGAGGUUGAAGAUUCUCCAUUUGUUGAACGUUUAUUAAAGAAGGGGUAUGAGGUUCUAUAUUUGACAGAAGCUGUGGAUGAAUACUGUAUAUCUGCACUGCCUGAAUUUGAUGGGAAGAAGUUCCAAAAUGUGGCCAAGGAAGGUUUUUCUCUUUCAGGAGAUUCAAAAUCCAAGGAGAAACUUGAAAAUAUAAAAAAGCAAUAUGAGCCUCUCCUAAAUUGGCUCAAUGAUAAAGUGCUUAAAGAUCAGAUCUCGAAGGCUACUAUCUCGGAGAGAUUGUCUGGAUCACCUUGUGCUUUGGUUGCGGGUAUGUUUGGAUGGACUGGAAAUAUGGAACGCUUGGCUAUUUCUAAUGCUCAUCAAAAGUCUGAUGAUCCACAGAGAAGCUACUAUCUUAACCAGAAGAAAACUUUGGAAAUCAAUCCACGCCAUCCUUUGAUCAAGGAACUUCUGAGGAGAGUUGAAGAGGAUCCUAGUGACCCCACAGCCAAAGAUAUGGCUUUGAUGAUGUUCCGUACAGCAACCUUGAGAUCGGGAUACAUGUUGAGAGAUACAACUGAUUUUGCUGAGAGCAUUGAAGUCAUGAUGAGGAAGACACUUGGUGUUCCUGAGUCUGAAGAGAUUGAAGAGGAGGAUGAAGUAGAGGAAGAUGAUGAACCAAAGAAGUCAGAUGACAGUGAACAAGAAGUUGAAGACAAGGAUGGUGAAAGUGAAGAUCAUGAUGAGUUGUAAAUUUAUAGUGGAGGGGCAGUAAAGACUGUGUGUUCUGUGGGGAUGAAAUUUGACAUUUGUGUAAUAUUAUCUGUCUGGUAAAAUGCAAAUUGGGCAGAUGUGUUAAAGUAUUUGUCUUUCUAGGAAAAGACAGGUGUGUGUGUGUGUGUGUGUGUGUGUGUGUGUGCGUGUGGUUAUGUUGUAGGUGCCAGUCUGUACAAGACUUAAUUAUUUAUACUUUAUUAUACAUUCUGUUUAAUAAAAUGUGUUAAUAGGA